UGGCUGCAGGCCAAUGUAAAUGUGUCCAGUUUACGUUACUACUCUCUAACACUUGAAGGCAUUGUGGGAGCAGGUGCAAAUGGUGACAUUGCCUUAGACGACCUCUUACUAACGAAUGGGGCCUGCCCUGCAACCUCUACCACUGCUCAUCCAUUUAACUGUGGUAGUCAACAAAUUGCAGCAACCGAAAGUAUGCGACUUCAUCACUGACUGCUCUGAUGGCACAGAUGAGAAGCUGUGUGGAAAUUGUACAUUUGAACGGAAUUUAUGUGGAUGGACAGACAACAGUCUAGGGUCAUAUCGUUGGGGGGUUCAACAAAAUGGAACAGAGACAGCAAACACUGGACCAUCAAGUGACCACACUCUGGGCACUGCCAGUGGACACUACAUGUAUGUGGAUGCCAGCAACGGUAAACUUAAUAGUAAAGCAUUCUUCGCCAGUCCUGUCCUCCAGAGGUCAGCAGCCACCUGUCAAGUGUCUUUCUAUUAUCACAUGUAUGGUUCUAAUGUUGGAACUCUGUCUGUCGACCUCAACCUAAAUGGUCGAAGAACCUCCUUAUGGCAGAUAGUAGGUAGUCAUGGCAACCAGUGGAUCCAGCAGACUGUGAAUAUUGGCCACAUCAGCUCUCCAUUCCAAGUAGAGUUUGGAGCUACUAGGAGGUUUUCAGUAGUAGGAGACAUUGCUAUCGAUGACAUUUCUAUGAUUAAUUGUGCUCUGCCGCCAGUACAAGCGACAUGUGACUCUCUAACUCAGUUCCGCUGUUCAAGAGGAGCCUGUGUGGACAAAACUCAAGUUUGUGACUACACUGACGACUGUGGUGAUGGUAGUGAUGAAUCGCUGACUUCUUGUAAAAACAUAACAUCAAGGUGUUCUUUUGACUCAAACAUAUGUGACUGGACACAGGAUAAGCAGGAUGUUUUUGACUGGACUAUUCAUAGGUCAAGAUACCCCAUAUCAACACGAACUGGACCAACAACUGACCACACAACAGGGACAGCUUCAGGUGGCUAUUUGUACCUCAGAUCCUUUUCCCCUCGGAAACCUAAUGACAAUGCCGUCCUUAUGAGUCCAGUCUGGCACUCCAGUCCAAACUGUUUUUUUACCUUCUACUUCAAUAUGAAUGGUAGAAACAUGGGAAGUCUCAAUGUGUAUCUCCGGGACACCAAUAGCAACUUGUCGAAGAUCUGGUCCAGGAGUGGAAACCGUGGUAAUAUUUGGGAGAAAGCUAUGAUUCAUGUACGUGGAACAUCUGACCUCCAAGUUCUUAUAGAGGGUGUAAGAGGCCAAGGCAAUUAUGGUGUUAUUGGUAUUGACGAUGUUGUGUUUAGUGCGGGAUGUCAGAAGUCGGGCCAGACAUUUCCGAACAGUGUCACGAUCCCACCGACCAUUCCGACUGUUAGUCCUUGUGGAGUUGGUAUGUUCCAGUGUACUAGUGACAAGUCCUGUAUUACACACGCCAAAGUAUGCGACUUCAGCCCAGACUGUAACGAUGGGUCUGAUGAGGGCUUCUGUGGACCAUGUAACUUUGAAAAAGGUAACUGUGGCUGGAUGGAUAUCAGCACAGGCAAAUACAACUGGACAGUUCACGACGGAGCAGCCAACACAGCAUCAGCCUCGGGCCCUUCUGUUGAUCAUAGCCUCAACACAACCCAGGGUCACUAUGUCUAUGUGGAAGGCACCAGGGGAGUGUUCUACUCUAAGGCUGUCUUACAGAGUCCAGUUUUAUCCCGUACAUCCGACUCGUGUGAGGUCCACUUCUGGUACUCUAUGUAUGGCUCCAGUGUUGGUACACUCAUUGUGGCUGCCUAUGUCAACAACACUGAACAUGUGCUCACAACCAUUCGUGGUUCUCAGGGUGCUGGCUGGCACCGGGGAUCUGCUUACCUCGGCAGAAUACUUGGCACCACCAAUGGGACUAUGAUAAGAUUUGAGGUUUUGCCUGCUCGUGGAUUUUCUGCCUCAAGCACAGCUGACAUAUCCAUUGAUGACAUCACUUUUGACAACUGCAAACCUAAUGCUAUCCUUCCCAACAUCUCUUGCUCCUUUGACAGCAAUUUCUGUACAUGGAGUCAGGCAUUGGAUGAUAAUUUUGACUGGAGCCGUCAAAAUGGCUCCACUAGCAGCGUUGGUACUGGGCCCCAUAAUGAUCAUACCACUGGUCAUGGCUCAUAUAUUUACAUUGAAACCUCAAGACCCAGACGAAGAGGGUCAGGUGGCCAUCUUAGACAGCCCUGCUCUGCCCCCCACAGAUACGUGAUCAGUGGCUCCAUGCCCAGCGCCAGAUCAUUAGUCCUACUGACUAUCACCUCUCUAUAUAUGGCUAUGUUGGCAAUGGAUAUCAGGGAGACAUCGCUAUUGAUGACUUUGGAGUUACUGCUGGAGCCUGCCCUCCUAGUCGAGGUUGUGGGUUUGAAUUUGGAUUCUGUGGAUGGACUCAGUUGGCUAACGGAUGAAUUUGAUUGGUCAAUAGGAAGCAAUGGUACAGCUUCCAGAGGCACCGGUCCUGCUUUUGACCACACAUAUGGAUCCAACUCUGGACACUUUGCUUAUAUCGAAAGUUCAGCACCCCAACGACAGAACGAUCGAGCCAUCAUAAAGAGCCCUCUUUACAGUGGAUCAAACAACCGAUGUCUACGUUUCUGGUACCACAUGUAUGGACAAAGUAUUGGGUCUCUCAAUGUGUAUACUCAGAUCAAUGGAUCCUUCCCACGACAAAUCUGGACCAGAAAUGGGAAUCAGGGUAACAUGUGGAGGCGAGGAACUGUAACCUUGCCUGCUAACCACCAUUCCUACAGCAUUCUAAUAGAGGGAGUUAGAGGUUCCAGCUACACAGGAGACAUAGCUGUUGAUGACCUGUACAUCUCUGAUGGAAGUUGUCCCACCACAGGAUUCUGUAACUUUGAACAAGACACAUGUGGCUGGACUAAUGCAGUGACAGUUGAUGACUUUGAUUGGUUGAGGGAUCGUGGUGGUACUACAAGUAAAGCCACUGGACCCAGUGUUGACCACACCACAGGAUCCUCCUCCGGUUACUACAUGUACAUAGAGACAUCCCAGAGGGGCCUCCAUCGAAAGACAGCCUGGCUGGUAAGUGAUAUACUCACACCUACCACUGGCAGCUGUUUGAGAUUCUGGUACCAUAUGUAUGGAUCUGGCAUUGGAAGUUUGAACAUAUACACUCAGAACACCGGAGCCAGUACCAAGACCCUGAAAUGGACAUUAUCUAACAACCAAGGAAAUGUCUGGAAGCAAGCAACUGUAUCUGUACCAGCAAUGCAGCAGGAGUUUAACAUUAUUUUUGAGGGAGUUUACAAUGGAAGUUAUCUUGGAGAUAUUGCCAUUGAUGAUGUUGCAUAUGUUGGAUCUCCUUGUAGUGUCCAGCCAUCAACCAGCCCUUCAGCCAUCACUGUGUCCCCUUCACCAUCUACCUACCCAAGUACACCACUUGAUUGUAACUUUGAGCAUGGCAUCUGUAACUGGCAACAGGACCAAUCAGACAGUUUUGAUUGGUCACUUCACAGAGGAUCUACAUCCUCCAGUAACACUGGGCCAACCACUGACCACACACUACGCAAUGUUAAUGGGCAGUAUGCUUACAUCGAGGUGUCAGGAAAACACAACAAUGACAAAGCUAGGCUUAUUAGUCCGAUCCUUAACAUUGGCUCUCAAGGCAUGUGUCUUAAAUUCUGGUACAACAUGUAUGGUGCCAAUGUUAACCAUCUCAACAUAUACACCAAUUCCUCUGGAACUGCCAGUUUGGUUUGGACAAGAUUUGGUGACCAAGGAAUGGACUGGAAGUAUGCGCAGGUCCACAUUGAAAAUACUGGCAGAUCUGUGUUGGAAUUCGAAGGUGUAGCAGGUCCUCGCUAUGCAGGUGACAUUGCUCUGGAUGAUAUCACAGUCAACACUGGCAACUGUCCUCAAGACGGUACAUGUGACUUUGAAAAUGGACUUUGUGGUUAUGUUCAGUCAGUGAGUGAUGUGUUUGACUGGACAUUAAAUUCUGGGCGGACCUCGAGUGCAGCUACUGGUCCACCAACUGAUCAUACCUUUGGUACCAACGAGGGUCAUUACAUGUACAUUGAAUCUUCCCGACCUCGUCGUCCUGGUGACAAAGCACGACUGAAUACCCCACAGUUUAGUAAAACCUCUGCAUCCUGUUUCCAGUUCUGGUAUAGUAUGAAUGGCAGAACUACUGGCCGUCUCAAUGUUUAUCAGCGAGCAGUGUCCACGGCAAACCUUGGUCAACCAAUCUGGAAGCGAAGUGGCCCACAAGGACCUCGGUGGUAUCUUGGCCAAGUUACGAUAAGAAGUCAGACUGACUUUUUCCUGACAUUUGAGGGAGUGGUUGGAAGUAGUUUCUACAGUGACAUAGCCAUAGAUGACAUUACCAUGACUACUGGGUAUUGUCCUCCUCCAGGUGACUGUGACUUCGAAUCAGGAUUUUGUACUUGGUACAAUAACCAGGUCAAUGAUACAUUUGAUUGGCAGAGGAAUAAGGGGCCAUCAACUUCCACAGGCACUGGGCCUAUGGUGGAUCACACCCUGAACAGCAGGUAUGGAACCUAUAUCUACAUAGAGGCUUCAUCUCCCAGACACUCUGGUGACAAUGCCUACCUCAUGUCCCAGAUGUUUGGUCCACAGCAGAGAUGUAUACAGUUCUACUACAACAUGUACGGUGCUACUAUGGGAUCCCUUAACCUUUGGAUGUGGCAAAAUGGUGGACAGACAUCACACAACUUGUGGACCAUGAUGGGUAAUCAGGGCAAUGCCUGGAAGCAAGUUCAGAUACAGAUACCAGCAGCAUCAUCAAGUUACAGACUGGUGUUUGAGGGAGUGAUAGGCAAUGGAGUGACCAGUGAUAUGGCCAUUGAUGAUAUAAUAGUUUCACAUGUGCAUUUCCACUGCAAGAACAAUCCCAAUAAAUGUAUCAGCAGUGCUCAAGUGUGUGAUUUCAACAGUGACUGUAGUGACCAUAGCGAUGAGACCAGUUGUGGCUAUUCGUGUGACUUUGAGACUGACAGAGCCUGUAAAUGGACCAAUGGUACUUCUCCUCAGACUAGUCAGUUUGCCUGGAAACGCCAACAUGCCCAGUCACUGUCUAAUAAUGCUGGACCUGCCAUUGACCACACCACUUUGGGGCCAAACGGUCACUACCUGUAUGUGGAGCCUGUUGCUGGCCACACAUAUAACCAUGCUAACUUAGUUAGUCCUGUCUUGGGCCAAGCUGCCAGCACUUGUCAAUUGUCCAUCUGGUAUCACAUGUCUGGCAAUAACAUCGGAUCUCUCACUUUGUCCUUAGUAGAGGGUGGCAGUACCUCCAGCACACGUCUCUGGAACAUCAGAGGAGACCAGGGUAACAGAUGGAAUCAAGCAAUAGUGCCUAUUGGCCGUGUGAGGAACAGCUUCUAUCUUUAUAUUGCUGCCCAGCGCACAUACAGCACCAUUGGAGACAUAGCUGUAGAUGACAUCCAGUUCCAAGGGUGUUCUCUACCAUCAGUGAACUACACUUGCAAUAACUUUCACAAAUUUCAUUGCACCCGUGGAUCAUGUGUGAGUUCUAAUCGUGUGUGUGACUUCACAGACGAUUGUGGUGACAACACUGAUGAAACUUCUUGUACAAGCUAUCACAGAUGUAACUUUGAACAGGGAAUGUGUGAUUGGACACAGCUAACUGGUGAUGACUUUGAUUGGUCAUUGAGAGCAGGAUCGACUCCAAGCAUGAACACUGGACCAGCAAGAGAUCACACCCUGAACACAGCCAGUGGGCACUACCUGUACAUCGAGACAUCCCGCCCUCGAACUGCGGGUCAGAAAGCCAGAAUUGCCAGUCGAUUCUUCACAGGCAAACAAACAACACCAUACUGUGUUAUGAGAUUCUACUACUUUAUGUUUGGAAAGACUGUUGACACCCUAGCUGUCUACAUGAGGACACAAGUUAAUGGUCCUCUAACAUCCCUGUGGAGUCACAAAGGUCAAAUUGGAGAAUUUUAUGCAAGACGUGAAGUUGCUGUUAUGACUAGCUCACCCUUUCAGAUAGUCAUUGAGGCUACAGUGGGAAGUUCCUACUUAAGUGACAUUGCUAUUGAUGAUGUGUCUUUUUCAGCGGAGUGUGUGCCGUAUAAUGGACCAGUACCAACAGGUACACCAGGUAGCAGUAUUGGUACUACUGUUGGACCUUGUGGCUCUGGUCACUGGCAGUGCACAAACCAAAAGUGUAUCCUGACGAGUCAACGCUGUGACUUUGUAGACAGUUGUGGGGAUGGGUCUGAUGAGGCAAUGUGUGGAGCAUGUAACUUUGAGGGAUCAACGUGUGGCUGGUCAGACCUCAGCACAGGACGUUACAUGUGGGAAAGGCAUAAUGGAUCUACACCAUCACCCAUAUCUGGUCCAUCUACUGACCACACCUAUGGCAAUUCUCGUGUUGGCAAUUACAUUUUUGUUGAUUCCUCUAAAGGAUCAUCUUAUGGCAGAGCAGAACUGUCCUCUCCAAACACAUAUGGAAACUUGGCUGACACCUGCCAGAUUAGCUUCUACUUCCACAAGACAGGUACCAGUACAGGCAGCAUGAAGUUGUAUCUAGUGCCUCCAACAGUACUACCAAACUCGCGAACAGGACGAAUUCUGCUGUGGGAAAUUUAUGGUGACCAUGGUUCACAGUGGCAGAAAGCUACUGUAGGAAUAGGCCAUCGCACACCAGGAAACAGUUUGGUGUUUGAGUCUUUGAAAUAUCAAAAUUCUGGUGACAUGGCCAUUGAUGACAUCUCCUUUGCCAGCUGUGCUCUCGGAGGAAAUGCUACUGGUGGAGUAUGUGCCUCGAAUCAAUUUCCAUGUCGUAGGGGAUCUUGUGUGGACCAGUCCCUGGUUUGUGACUACAACGAUGACUGUGGAGAUGACUCCGAUGAAGAGCAAUGUACAAACUAUGUUCAACGUUGUAACUUUGAAAGUGAUCUUUGCAAUUGGUCACAAGACUACAGCGAUGACUUCCAGUGGACAUGGAAACAAGGAAAAACAGCUACAGACAGAACUGGACCAACAAGUGACCACACUUAUGGUAAUCCAACUGGGCACUAUUUCUACAUUGAAACUUCCUCUCCAAGACGUUUAGGUGACAAAGCCCGACUGAAAAGCGUUGUAUUCUCAUCAAACACACAAAGCACAUGCAGAAUAAGAUUUUUCUAUUUCAUGCAUGGCGUGGACGUUAAUGUACUGAAUGUCUACAUAGAGAGCUUUGAGAGUGGCCCACUUAAUCUGAUUUGGAGUAAGAACGGCUCUCAGCCAGAUCAGUGGAUGAGAGCAGAUAUUCCUUUGACUAGUUCCUCUGCUUUCCGAGUUGUCAUUGAAGGUGUGCGAGGUGCAUCAUACCAUGGAGAUGUUGCUAUUGACGAUGUGUCCUUUACACCAUCCUGCAAGGAAAUCCAGUACGCCACACUUCCCUUUAUACAGACAACAACAGGACCAUGUGGAUCAGGUAAACGGCAAUGUAAUAAUGGCCAGUGUGUACCCUGGGCAGCAUUCUGUGACUUUAAACAGGACUGCUCAGAUGGAAGUGAUGAAGCCAGCUGCCCCUGGCUCUGUGAUUUUGACACUGGAGAUCUCUGUUUCUGGACAAACGACCAUAGCAACCAGUUCAAUUGGACAUUAGGACAAAACAUGAACCCAACAGCAACCAGUAACCCUGGACCAAGUACUGAUCACACCCGUGGCACAUCAGCAGGAUCAUAUGCCAUAGCAGAGGCACCCCAUAGCACACCUAAUGCUGUCACACGAUUAGACAGUCCCCUGUACCACCAGUCAGGAAAAACAUGUGCAUUUUCCAUGUGGUUCCAAAUAAAUGGAGGAAACUUCCGCUCCUUCUCAAUUUUCCUCACAUCUAGGGGAAAGGAAAGCCAACUUUGGUCAAUGGAUAAUAGAGCACUGCAAGCUGUACCUAAUGCUACCUGGACACAUGUUCAAACCAAUCUGCCUGUGUGUGCCUCGGACUUCCAGAUAGUUUUAGAAGUGCAGACAUAUGGCAGAAAGGUUGGCUACAUUGCAGUUGAUGAUCUGCAGUUUAUGAGUUGUUCCUACCCUGCUCCGACUGGCUCUUGCUUACUAGGACAAUUUACAUGUGGAUCUGGUAAUUGUGUACCACAAAACCUCAAGUGUGAUUAUCAACAUGACUGCUGUGAUGGCACAGAUGAGUCACCCCAGACUUGUAAUGGAUAUAGUCAAUGUGAUUUUGAGCUAAAUACUUGUAAUUGGCAGCAGUUGACAAAUGACCAAUUUGAUUGGCAACGACACAGAGGUAAAACUUCCUCCUUCUUGACUGGCCCAUCACAGGAUCACACCACUGGAACUGUGUCCGGGUAUUACAUGUACAUAGAGAGUUCUUCUCCACAAAAGGUUAACGACACUGCCAGACUGGGAUACUUUUUACCAGUUCCUACAUCACCAUGUGCUCUACGAUUCUGGUACCACAUGUAUGGUCAAGACGUAGGGGAGCUUAAUGUGUACAUAAACUCUAUUGGAAGUGGGGGACUCAUGCUGUUAGAUAACAUAACUUCAGACCAGGGUAAUGUCUGGAAGCGACGAGAGGUCCCCCUCACCAGUAACUCACCUUACCAGGUCAUUAUUGAGGGAGUGAUCGGAUUAGGUUACCAUGGUGAUAUUGCCAUCGACGACAUUUCAUUUACACCUGGAUGUGGAGCCACAAAGCCCCCAACACCAACACCAAGUGUAAAUCCCCUGUCCCAAAAUGGCUUCCAAUGCGGUGACAAGACAUGUAUUGAUAGCUCCAAGGUGUGUAACUUUCAGAACGACUGCAGUGAUGGCACAGAUGAAAACCAGUGUACAUCUUCAUGUCAGUUUGAACAAGGCAUGUGUAAGUGGAGAGAAACAUCACCAGACACAUUUGACUGGACUCGUGGAAGUGGAGGAACCACAGCUGCUCUACGGAAUAUGGCACCAAACACAGAUGCCAACUACCAAAACCAAAAUGGAUACUAUGUGUUCAUCAAAGAUGGCACCCAAGGCCACCCACUGGGUAAGACUGCCCAGCUAAUGAGUCCCACUUAUGUGUCCUCCAAUUCAGAAUGCCUGAUACAGUUUUCUUACUACAUGAAUGGAGUGAGCCCUGGUACGCUCUACCUCUACCUGGUAGAGAGUGGGAUGAGAGUGACACUCUGGCAUCAGACCAAGGCCCAAGGUGAUCAGUGGAAUACAGUCACUGUCGGGGUAGGGCGACAUGCCUCAUCUUUCAACUUUGUCUUCUCAAAGAAGGCCAGUGUAUACAGUGGUGUGACAGCUGUUGACAAUAUCAAGUUUCUCAACUGUAAGAUGAAGCCACCAGUAAUGAGUUGUCCCAACAGCCAAACCACACAUUUCUGGUGUCAAAACAAAGUGUGUAUAUCUCGUAACAACCUGUGUGAUCUCAGCGACAACUGUGGUGACAAAUCUGAUGAACAAAACUGUAACGCUUAUCAACAGUACAGCUUUGAAGGAGGAAUUGGGAAUCUGAUCCAAGGCAGUAAUGGUGUAGAUGAUGAUUUUGAUUGGUUACUGUGGAAUGGAAGCUCGCCCUCCGUCUACACAGGACCACUGUGGGAUCAUACCAUAGGUAACCAGAAUGGUCACUACCUGUACAUGGAGUCCUCCCACAGGAGCUUCAAUCAAAAGGCUUGGAUACUGACAAAGCCAUUCUACAGAACCAACGGCCACCACUGUCAGCUGCGCUUUUACUUCUACAUGUAUGGACAGUAUGUGAACCAGCUGAAUGUGUAUUAUAGAGUGUACAACUCUGGCCCUCCAACCAAAACACUGUUCACUCGGUCAGGAAAUCAGGGAGCCUAUUGGCAGAGAGUAUCCCUAAACAUCAAUGUGACACAGAGUUUCCAGGUUAUCUUUGAGGCCAAGGUUGGAGAUACUUUCCUGGGAGACAUUGCUAUUGAUGACUUAUCAUUCACUCCAGACUGCCUGUAUGCAACAGAGAGCCUACCUACCCCUCCAGUGACACCAGGUGUCACCACCCACACACCACCUGUGACUGUACCCCAUACCUGCAACACAGCCACAGAGUUUAACUGCCAUUCCGACGGCCACUGUAUUGAUAAAGCCAAUGUGUGUGACUUCAAAGCUGACUGUAACGACACAUCUGAUGAAGCCAACUGUGCGUCCAUGUACUGUGACUUUGAUGAAGGUAAUUUGUGUGGCUGGAUUAUCAACACAACAAGCACUGGAGUACCUGACCAGGCCUACAAGUGGAAACUUGACCAUGGAUCAACCAUCAACUCUGGGGACUUGAGGCCACAGAAUGACCAGUCAACUAACACUCCAGCCGGAGGUUACGUCUGGGCAGACAGUUCUCCUGGAUCCUUCCAUGACAAAACUGAACUCUAUACACCUGUGAUAGGCAAAACAGGGCCACAGUGUACAUUCAGUUUUAGCUACUGGAUGCAAGGUCCAUCCAUCAAUGCACUUGAUGUUUACACAAUAUAUGAGAAUCAUCAAACACACCUAUUUACAAUCGAAGGUGACCAUGGGGCAAAAUGGAAUGAGAUAAAUAUGUUCAUUGGUCCAAAGUCUAAUUACCAGUUGGUGAUCCAGGCUCGGCGUGGUAGGAGUUUCCGUAAUGACAUCUCCCUAGACAACCUGCAGUUUAUUGACUGCAUGCCACCAACUCAUGCUCCAUCAGGAUGCCCGCCUCAGACAUUCUCUUGUCGCAAUGGUUACUGCAUCGCCCCAGAGAAGCAAUGUGACUAUGCAGAUGAUUGUGGGGAUGGAUCAGACGAAUUUGUAGUCCAAUGUGAUGAGAUAUAUAAGGCCAGGUGUAACUUUGAAAAUGGUAUUUGUCCUCAAUGGUCGAAUGAAGUCACAGACACCUUCAACUGGACUCUAUCUACCUCCAACACUCAAACUAUCGGUACUGGUCCGCUUACUGACCAUACACUCAGAAGUUCCAAAGGUACUUACCUGUAUAUAGAGAGUUCCAGCCCCAGGAAGGAGGGAGACCAAGCACGUCUUGCCUCUGUUACUGUAAAGGGAUCCUCACAAAACUGUCGAAUAAGGCUUUGGUACCAUAUGUGGGGACAAGAUAUAGGUGACCUCACUAUACUGAAGCGAUAUGGAUAUAAUCCGGGUGACCUUCAACCAAUUGGCACUCUCCAGGGUAACCAAGGUGAUUUUUGGUUCACAGAGGAUGUCCUAAUAUCAAAUCAUCCAGGAGACACCAGGAAUUAUGAAAUCAUUAUUCAAGCCACAGUAGGAGCUGGAUACCAUGGCGAUAUAGCAAUUGAUGAUAUUUCCCUUACACCCGGAUGUGAACUAACAAGUACCCUUCUACCAGGUGCUCCAACCGCACCCCCACCAGUAGCUGGGUCAUGUGGUACAAAUAGCCAAACUUGUGUUAAUGGAAACUGUUAUGGACCAGCAGAGACCUGUAAUUUCAUUGAUGAUUGUGGAGACAACACUGAUGAGGUGACUUGUGGUACUGGGUGUACCUUUGAGACAGGAUCUGCUUUGUGUGGCUGGAAAAAUUCAGAGCAGGACAAUGCUGACUGGCAUCUACAGACUGGACAAACACCCAGCAAACUGACUGGACCACUUAAUGAUCAUACCACCAAUAAAUCAUCAGGUCAUUACCUGUAUCUGGAGAGUUCUACACCAUCUCACCCUGGUGACAAGACCAUUUUGGAGAGUUCUGAGUACUAUGAAUCUGGACCAGCUUGUAACAUGACUUUCUGGUAUAACAUGAAAGGACGAGAUAUCGGGUCACUGAAUGUAUUAGUGAAACUCAGUGUGGGCCCAAUACAGACCCUUUGGACUAAAUCUGGGGAUCAGGGCCCUAGUUGGAAGUUGGCUACUGUACCAUUGACCAGCUAUCACAAGUUUGUCAUCAUGAUCAAAGGUGUUCGUGGUAAUGGUUACCUUGGUGAUAUUGCCAUUGACGACAUCACCUUUAACAACUGUCAACCCACUGUGGAAGUGAAGACCUGUCCAGAUAAUCAGUUCCGGUGUCAUAGUGGAACACAAUGUGUACAACGACGAUAUCGCUGUGAUGAACACACUGACUGUACUGAUGGCUCUGAUGAGGAUAACUGUCGUACAAAUUCAGGAGACUGUAACUUUGACCAGCCAAGCCCCAUUACAUCAUGUUUGUGGACUCAGCUACAAGAUGAUGACUCUGAUUGGCUGCAGGGACCUACUGUUUCUGCACAUGACAUUGGCACUAACAUUGACCAUCGUAAUACAGCCAAUGGCAAGUUCAUGGUAAUGGACAGUGUGACAAUGAGACCAGGUGACACAGCACGCCUACAAACACCAUUAUUCCCAGCCAGUCGUGGUUUGUGUUAUGUACGCUUCUGGUACUAUAUGUACGGCCCUACAAACCUCGGCUCACUCAGGCUUUUCAUACAGAAUGCUAAUGAACAGAAUAACCAGCUGUUCUGGUCCAUGACUGGUAGUCAAGGUAACCAAUGGAAAAAUGCCAAUGUGUUACUUGGCAGUGGCAAAAACUUCUCAGUGAUAUUUGAGGCAACUCGUGGAGACGAACCCCAGUCUCAAGUUUUACUAGACGAUGUAUCCUUCACACCAGAAUGUUCUACAGGAAAAGCUGGUGUAAUACCCACUGGACCUGCAUGUGAUGUCAACUCCUUCAUGUGUGCUCCUGUCCAUCAGUGCUACCCAAAUUCAUGGCGCUGUGAUGGUGUUGUUGACUGCCCUGACAGGUCAGAUGAGCCAUCCUUUUGUCCUACAAGCCCAGCUCCAUCAGGAAGCACUCCCAAACAUGCGGGCCCCAUAGUGACAACUCCGACGCCGGCCCCCAAAACCUUGCCUUCCUCUACACACAAACCCAGUACACAUCCACCCAUCACCAGUUCCUGUACAGACACGCAGAAAUCAUGCAAUGAUGGCAAGUGUAUCAACAAACUGUACUUCUGUGAUGGUGUUGCAGACUGUUCUGAUGCCUCCGACGAAAUAGGCUGUUUGACAUGCCAUAAGGGCUAUUAUUACUGUCUGAAACAACGCCAGUGCAUCAACAGUACACGUUGUGACUCUAUCGAUGACUGUGGUGACAUGACUGAUGAGAGUAUCUGUGGAACAGCUUGCCCACCCAAUUUUUGCCAAAAUAAUGGAGUUUGUAAUGCUGCAAAAACCAAAGUACCAGGAUGCAGCUGUACUGGUAAUUUCUACGGUGACAGAUGUCAAUAUGUCAGCAAGGGAUCCACAGCAUCUCAUACACAGAACCGGUCUAACAGCAAAUCAUCCAGUAAAGUUGGUAUUGGACUGGGAGUUACAGCGGCAGUACUAGUAGUGGUGGCAGCAGUCUUAGGGGCCUACUUUUUCAGAAAGAGGCGUAAUGCAAGAAUGGCACUGCCUGGCAUAGUGAAUCAGAUCUAUGAGGAAUCGUCCAAUGACAUGAAUGACUUUUCAAUGAACGAUGUAGAGCCAUCUUUUAAUGAUAAUACCUUCGGAGGAAAAUAUGGAACACAGAGAAUGUCCAUGGAUGGAGGAGCAUCGAUAGAAAACCCACUGUACCAGGACGCCUAAUGACGGAUAUCGCUUAUAUCAGGCUGUGAAUUUGAAAUACGUGAUUUUCUUACAUUAAAUUUAUUAUCAAUGUCAAUUCAAGAAAGUUGUUAUUUUGUUAUAUAGUUUUAAUUUGAAUCUUAUGAAUAAAAUGCUAUUAAUGAAG